CCCCGUCUGCUUCUCCUUUGUCUAAAAGCACCAUUAAUUUCCAACGCCAUCCUAAAUUUAAAUCUUCGAGAAACAGUGAAACGACAAUGAAGAGAAUUAGAGAAAUUCAACGCGCUUUUUAGUUCGCUGGUGACUGAAACUCCGUUCAUCUCUUCGAUCGGAUUCUUAUUCUCAGAAGAAGUUUAAAUUUUCCGAUGGACGUGAUUCCGGAGGGUUUAACAAGUCUCUUUUUCUAAAACAUCCCGGGAAAUGGUCGCCACAACGACGCUCCGCUUUUCUUCAGCUGCUAAUGGAGCUGCUCUAUCAUUUAUUUCUUCUUCUGCGAAAUCUACUCUAUCAGGCAAGCUUUCGUCUCUUUUCAAUCCGCGCCAAAAGCCCACUUCUAAGAAUCCCAAAUCUUCAGACCACAGCAAAGAUACUAUUGCAAGCCUCGAACCACUCUAUGUAAUUCUCAAGUCAGGUGCCAUUACUCUCGAUGAAGCAUUGAAUAUUUUUAAUCAAAUGAGCCAAAUGCAACCCCCUCCUCCAAUGUCAUCAUUUAAUCUGUUGUUAGGUGCAAUUGCUAAGAUUAAGCAAUAUAGUCAUGUUGUUUUUCUUUGCAAGAGAUUGGAUUCAAUUGGGUUUUCGCCUAAUUUCAUUACCUUUAAUAUUAUGCUUAAUUGUUUAUGUCAAAUGGGUCGAGCUGGUGACGGUUUUGCUGUUUUAGGUAGGCUUUUUAGGUGGGGUUAUAGACCAGAUACUGUAACUUUUACAGCUCUGAUUAAAGGGCUGAUUGUUGUGGAUAAGGUUGAUGAAGCAACUAGCUUGUUCGGGAAAAUGAUUGUUUUUGGUUGCCAGCCUAGUGUUCUUAGUUGUGGGACUUUGAUUAAUAGUCUGUGUCGAAUGGGGAAUAUGAGUGUUGCUCUUCGGAUAUAUGAGGAAAUGGUUAAUGGAAAUGGGGCGUGUAAGCCCAAUGUUAUUAUUUAUGGUAUUAUUAUUGAUAGCCUGUGUAAAGAGGGCAUGGUGGAAAAGGCAAGGGAACUUUUCUUGGAAAUGAAGAGUCAGGGAAUUUCUCCGGAUGUGGUUGUUUGUAGCUCUUUACUUCAUGGUUUUUGCUGCAUAGGUAAUUUGAAGGAGGCUAAAAGCCUAUUUCUUGUUAUGUUGGAUCAAGGUGUGCGUCCAAAUGUGGUCACUUUCAAUGUGUUAAUCGAUACACUAUGCAAGAUGGAGAAGAUGGAAGAAGCAAACCAAUUGUUAGAUUUAAUGAUUCAGAGAGGAGUCAAUCCUGAUAUAUUCACAUAUAACACUUUGUUGGAUGGGUAUUGCUUGGCUGGUAAGCUUGAUAUUGCAGGGGAUCUGUUUGUUUCGUUGCAAAGUAAGGAGAAUGGACUAGAUGUGGUUAGCUAUAAUAUAAUGAUCAAUGCUUAUUGCAAAAAGCGGAAGGUUAAUGAAGCUAUGAGGCUUUAUCAGGAAAUGAAAGGCAAAGGGAUCAAAGCAACCACUAUCACAUAUAACACCUUAUUGACUGGUCUUUUCCGAGCCGGAAAGGUUGACGAAGCUAGAGAACUGUUUGGUAAAAUGCAGUUUGAUGGUAUUGUGGUUGAUUCUUGCACCUAUAAUGCCUUUGUGGAUGGACUUUGCAAAAAUGGUUGUGUCCCAGAGGCAUUGGAACUGUUUCAUAAGUUAGAAAACUGCAAGUUUGGAUUUAGUAUUAAAAUGUUCAAUUCACUUAUUAAUGGGCUGUGCAAAACAGGGAAACUUGAAACUGCUUGGGAGCUAUUUUAUGGAUUGCCAAAUAAAGUCCUGAAACCAACAGUUGUAACUUAUUCUAUAAUGAUCCAUUUUCUGUGCAAGGAAGGACAGCUAGAAAAGGCAAAUGGUUUGCUAAUAGAAAUGGAGGAAAAGGGUUGUACUCCGAAUGUUGUAACAUUUAAUACACUCUUGCAUGGUUUCUCUCGGAAGAAUAACACCGAAAAAAUAGUGGAACUUCUUCAUAAAAUGGUGGAGAAAAAAUUGUCACCUGAUGCAUCCACUGCCGCUGCAGUUGUAGAUUUACUUUCAAAAGAUAAAGCCUAUCUUGAAACUUUGAAAUUGCUUCCAACAUUCCCAGUCCAGGAGCCAUCUAAAUGAUGCCCGAGUGAAACUUGUUUGCGUGCUUGACUACCAGGCGAAAUUCUUGAGUUGGCGGGUCUAUGCUGAAACUUGCAUACCGAAUGGAAGUUUCAAAAUGUGUUGGCUUGCUCCUAAUUCUGAGUCCGUGCAAAGCCAUCUAUAAUGGAGGUAAUCUGGUUAGACUUAUUGAUGGAAGAAAAACAGGGAGUGCAAAUGCAUUUGUGGCUAUCGUGCUUGUAUGAGGCUCCAAUUUUAGUUUACUUGGAGUCCAAGCAAGAAAGUUGAUCUUCUGUUUAGUUUAUGCUUUCAAAUCUAGGGAAGGGAUACUUGCUAAUGCAGUAUGUAUAU